AUGGGGCUGCGCAAGUCGGAGAAGAUGGGGAUCGCGGACACGCUGUCACAAAUUCAUCUGUCCGCUGAAGAAGAAGAAGAAGAGGAGACGUGUUGCCCCCGUGUUCUAAACACAGAGAACGAAGGACCGACACUGAGCUCUGCAAAAGCGGAGACAGCCACACGCCGGGAUCCAGUGCUGGGACGAGUACUGCACUAUGUGCGCACCGGAUUGACUGAGACGUUGGACUCAGCACUAAAUGUUUACCAGAAAAAGAAGGACGAGCUGUCGACGGAAGGAGACUGCCUGAUCUGGGGCGGACGCUUGAUAGUGCCCACCAAGCUGAGGAAGAUGGCGCUGAUGGAAGUGCACACUGGACACGUGGGAGGCAACAAGAUGAAGCAGCUGGCCAGACGCUACGUAUGGUGGCCGGGUCUAGACUCGGACCUGCUCAGCCUGCGUGGAGAAGAGAGCGGCACCGCCAAAGUCAACUCUGCAUCUGGGACGAUGAUACUGAUCGUCGCUGACAGUUUCUUCAAAUGGAUCGAGGCUGUGACAAUGAAGACCAUCACGGCAGCACGGACGGUGGAAGAGCUGAGGAAUCUGUUCGCCGGACACGGACGGCCUCUGCAAAUUGUGUCGGACAACGAGGCACAGUUUACAUCAGAAGAGUUCGCGACGUUCACCAAGAGGAACGAUAUCAGCCUCCGAGAGCCUGAGCGUCAGCCGACGGUGGCACGUCAGCCGCUGAUGGGCCGUCUGCCCUCCGAGAACCUGGACGUCGGCCGACAGAGCCACGUCAGCCGCUGA